AUUUUAUUUUUAUCUUUCCGUGAAGGCGUUGCAGCGACUGACAGGAAACUCGAUUGAGCAACCGGAGCUUCUGAUCAGAGCUGAAGAGCUGAAGGAGUGAAGAAGUGGAUCACUUUUCUACAUCAGGAGGAAACUGAGGAUGAACGUCCAGCAACUUCUGCUGUUCUGCUUCUUAUCAGAAACUCUGUGGGAUGGACACGCCCGCGUCAUAGUUCAGAGAUACUCAGGAGACCAGCUGAUGUACUCCUGGUACUUUACAUCCAACGCCAGCGUUGGGUUCCUGUGCAGGAGGGAAUGUCAAGGGUCAGACGUCCUCAUCAGAACCGACCAGAACAAGUCUGUGAGUGGCAGAUACAGCAUCGAGUACCAGAAAACAUUACCUGAUGGAGGACUUGUGACCGAAUUCAUCUCGUCUCUGGAAACCUCUGACUCUGGACGGUACCGGAUCGGUGUCGGCAGGUCUCUGGUUCCUGAUGAGUUCGAGGACUUUGAGCUCCGAGUUACUGGCGCAGCAGAGGACCCUCGCAAGAGGAUGAACAUUCACACCGAAGAGGAAGGAGGAAACUUCGACGCCAUCUGCUGGCUUCCUUCUUCCAGGAGCACCAAGUUCUUCUGCAGGAACGACUGCAGUAACGGAGAAAUCCUCCUGAGUACCACUGGAGAUGCAUCUCAGAACGGCAGAUACAGCAUCAGAUAUUACCAAGAACCCAUCAAGAAAAAGUUCAUCGUGAGGACAACGAUCUCCCAGCUGAAGCUGAGUGACUCUGGACUGUAUUCAUGUGGUUUAGGAGAAUCUUUGACCUCCGCUUCCUUCUUAAAGUUCAACAUCCUCGUCACUGCUGUCCCAUCAGCCACCACUGCACCACCACCAUCAUCGCCAUCAACACCACCAACACCACCAACAACCCAGAGUUCAGGAUCUCCUCCGUUCAGUCCACCUCCUGAAACCUUCAGCCAGUUUUCAGCAGAGGACCCUCACAAGAGGAUCAAUAUGAGGAAGGAGGAGGAAGGAGGAAACUUCGACGCCAUCUUCUCAUUUCCUUCUUCCAGCAGCACCAAGUUCUUCUGCAGGAACGACUGUAGUAACGGAGAAAUCCUCCUGAGUACCACUGGAAAUGCAUCUCAGAGCGGCAGAUACAGCAUCAGAUAUUACCAAGAACCCAUCACGAGAUACUUCAUUGUGAAGAUAACGAUCUCCCAGCUGAAGCUGAGUGACUCUGGACUGUAUUCAUGUGGUUUAGGAGAAUCUUUGACCUCCGCUUACUUCAAACAGAUCAACAUCCUCGUCACUGCUGUCCCAUCAGCCACCACUGCACCACCACCAUCAUCGCCAUCAACACCAUCAACACCACCAACAACCCAGAGUUCAGGAUCUCCUCCGUUCAGUCCACCUCCUGAAACCUUCAGCCAGUUUUCAGUGCUGCUUGUGGCCGGAGGUUCGGUGGUGAUCGGAGGGAUGUUGGCCAUCGUCGUUCUGCUUCUUUACAAACUGAAGAAGAAUCAGGAAGUCAGGAACCAUGAGUCUGCCAUCUAUGAGAACCUCAGAGGAGAUCCCAUCUACCAGAGCCUGAACCUGGAAGGAAACAAUCAGGAAGGAAUCUACUCGACAGUUGAAACACCUGAAGACACAGAAACAUCCUGUUAA